AGAGAAAGAAGAGAGAGAGUCCAACUUCGUAAGGACCUUAUGUUCAUCCGGACAUCAAGCAUUGCAAAACAGUGCAUGAGCAUCCAACCCAGUUUUCUUUAUCAGACGAAUUAGGAUCAGACCCAAUUUGUGUUUUACUCCAAAGCCCAGUUCUUGGAUUCCUCUGUGUGCUUUUGUUAUCUCUCACCUUCUUUCUUCUUCUCUGUGGUUCCUCUUUUAAUCAUCUCAAUCAAAUUUACUAAUCUUCUCCUCAAAAUAUUCUUCAAAUUGAAGCCUUUUGACGUCAAUAUCAGUUUAUCUCUUUGGGAAGAAAAUCAAAAUCAUAUAUUUUUUGUAAAGUAUUGAUUCCAUAGCUCAUGGGAAGCCCUCAAUUUGAAGAAAAGGAAAGCCAGGAAUUUGGGUCUGUCUACGAUUCUCAGCCAGAAGAGGUUCCCACUCAUAUAGAAGAAGCUGCAGAACCAGGUGAACCCCACGAAGCCUUGUUCUUUGUCCUCGCUUACUUGCAGUUACGGGAACGCCUUUCAAUUAGGGCGGCCUGUAGAUCACUCAGAGAUGCUGUUGACAACGAUGUGUUGCUUUGGUUGGAUAUCUUCGUUGAACCCCCUUUGGGUUACCGUCUUCCCAAUGAUGCCCUGUUGAAGCUUACGUCUAAGGCGCAUGGCAGGUUGAGAACUUUGUCUCUGAAGACGUGUAUCAAGAUAACAGAUGAUGGGCUGCAGAGGGUCAUAGAGAACAACCCUCAUAUCAACAAGCUCUAUGUGCCGGCAUGCACUAGCUUAACAGCUAAUGGCAUUGUGACAAUAGUGAAGAUGCUGACUGAGCAUAAUCAAGAUUUGAAGCACCUAAGGUUGCAUGGUAUGUACGGCAUAACAAAACAACACUUUGAAACUAUCCUCAGUUGUCUCAAGGUGCAAAAAGAGGACCAGAAGCAGAACAUUUCGUUUCUUUAUCACAAACGAUCUUUUCCACUUGUUCAUUCGGACACAGCUCCUUCCAUAGAUGUCAGUAUCUGUCCAAAGUGCAGUGACGUGAAGCAGGUGUUCGACUGCCCAAGGGACAGUUGCAAGUGGAAAAAGGUGCACCCAUUGCUUGAAUGUAGAGGAUGUUAUCCUUGCGUCCCAAGGUGUGCGGAUUGUGGUGGAUGUGUGGAUUUGGAUGAACUGGAUGAGCCUGCUUGCAUGGAUAUUUUGUGUUCAGAAUGCUGGCUACGGCUCCCAAAAUGCAAUUUGUGUAACAGGCCUUAUUGUAAGCUACACGCUGAUCUUGGGAUAUUCCUGUCAGGCGGUACUGGAUUUAUAUGUGAUGCUUGUAACAAAUCAUCUACAAGAAAUUCAGAUUGGUGGUCAUCGGGCCUUGAAGAAUUUAUGACCGUGGAUCAAUAUCCUCCUAUAUUCUCGGAUAUGGAUGGAUACAUAUCAUAUCUUUAAGUGAUUCAGGUCAUAAAUGGGGCUGGCUACCCAUACUGAUAUGGAAUUUUCAAAAGACAAGGCCGACCAGGAAAGCCUGGCACAGCUACCAUUGGUGGUGUAUGCUUGGAAUGAGGCUGGAAAAUGGCUAUUCAGAUGCUCAGAAUUUUUGGCAUGGACUACCACUUGCAAGCUUAGAGUUAUCUGAGAUGGAUUUCCUCUCUUGUGGUCAUCAUGUCUUAGAUCUGCUUGGUGGAACUCAACUCACCUGCAGUGUUGGAUCAACCAAGAGCCUAAUCUCUCAAUGAGGAGUUCUUAUCGCUAGUGUGUUCUGUUCCUUACCAUCAGCUAGUGGUUCAGAGAGAGAGAGAGAGAGAGAGACAUAUAAUCUGUUUUUGGCACUCUUCAAGUUGUUCUAUUUGGGUGUAAUAAGCUGUGUUCAUCCCAGAAUUUGCUCAUAACGAUAUAAUAAAGUCUCUUUUAAUUUUUCUUUUC